AUGAACGACAAUGUUAAUGGUGUUGAUAGUGGUUGUGAUAGUGGUGCUGACGAUGAUAGCGGUGAUAGUGGUGGUGAUGAUAGCGGGGCGGGAUCUACGCUGUCGAACCCACACACUUUAAAUCCUGGAUCCGCCUCUGAUGAUAGCGGUGAUAGUGGUGGUGAUGAUAGCGGUGAAUAUGGUGGCGUUAGCGGUGAAAAUGGUGGUGAUGAUAGCGUAAGAAGAGUUUACCUUGGUUUUGGUCUCGAUUUUAAAGUCGAGAGAAUUGAUCCUAGUGGAAAGAGUUCUAGAGAGGCAUUCACCAGCCAAGGGAUUCCAGAAUUUAGCCCUGGUUCUGCUAACCUCUCAAAUCAUCUCCAUUUUUCCAUCACACCGAUGCUCAGUGGUGGUGAUGACAGCGGUGAAAAUGGGGGUGAUGAUAGUAGUGAUACUGGUGGAGGAGAGAUAUUAGAACUAAAAAUCAGAGAAGAGAUAAAUUAA